ACAUUUUCGACAUUUUCGCCGUUUCUCGUCGAGCGAAGUUCUCGGGGAAUUACCAUCCCUGUCCUUUCUCUCGAGCUCAUGCACACCACGAAGCCUCCCUUCGCUUGACCGACCCCACAACACCCCACCCCUCCCUUUUCCCUCUCUCUGUCUCUCUCUGUCUCUCUCUCUCUUACACACACACACAACGAAGAGAGAGAAAAGUAGAGAGAAAGAGAGAAUAGAGAGAGAGAGAGAGAGAGAUAGAGAGAGACGAAACCAGAGGAAGAGGAAGAGGAAGAGGAAGAGAGAGGGAGGGGGAAGGGGCGAAGGGGAGAGGCGGCGCCGUCGAUCGGGAUCAUCCAACGAAUCCCUCCUCCCCACCUUGGGAUCCUCUCUCUCCGCAUCGCCGAUCUCGUCCUCGAUCGAUCCCUUUCCGUAGCCGCAGCUGCGAUCCAUCCCGAUCUACCGCCGAUCCUAGUCGCUGAAUCGUCGUCUGAUGAUCUAUGGCAUCUACGGAUAACAUUAUCGUAGGCUCCCAUGUAUGGGUUGAAGAUGCAGAUUUAGCUUGGAUAGAUGGGGAGGUUUUCAAGAUCAGUGGUCACGAAGUCCAUGUGCAUACAACAAAUGGAAAAACAGUUGUUGCAGAUGUAUCAAAAGUGUUUCCCAAGGACACAGAAGCUCCACCUGGAGGAGUUGAUGACAUGACAAAGCUAUCAUAUUUGCAUGAACCCGGUGUUUUGCAAAACCUAGCCACUCGAUAUGAGCUGAAUGAAAUAUAUACUUACACGGGCAACAUCUUAAUCGCAAUAAACCCAUUUCAAAGGUUGCCUCAUCUUUAUGAUACCCAUAUGAUGGAACAGUACAAAGGCGCCGAUUUUGGGGAGUUAAGUCCUCAUGUUUUUGCGAUUGCUGAUGUUGCUUACAGGGCAAUGAUAAAUGAAGGGAAAAGCAAUUCUAUUUUGGUCAGUGGUGAAAGUGGUGCUGGUAAAACUGAGACAACAAAGAUGCUAAUGAGAUAUCUUGCUUACUUGGGUGGACGAUCUGGGACAGAAGGAAGGACUGUUGAGCAACAAGUUCUAGAAUCUAAUCCAGUUCUUGAAGCUUUUGGGAAUGCAAAAACUGUUCGGAACAACAAUUCAAGUCGGUUUGGUAAGUUUGUUGAGAUCCAAUUUGACAAAAGUGGACGGAUAUCCGGUGCUGCUAUUAGAACCUACUUGCUUGAAAGGUCUCGUGUUUGCCAAAUUAAUACUCCGGAAAGAAACUACCAUUGCUUCUACUUUCUUUGCGCUGCACCAGCUGAGGAUAUCACAAAGUAUAAAUUGGGGGAUCCCAGAACAUUUCAUUACCUCAACCAGUCAGAUUGUAUUCAGGUCAGUGGAAUUAAUGAUGCUCAUGAAUAUCUAGCAACAAGAAGGGCCAUGGAUAUAGUUGGAAUCAACGAGCAUGAACAGGAGGGUAUAUUUAGGGUUGUAGCCGCAAUACUUCAUAUAGGAAAUAUCGACUUUGAAAAGGGAACAGAAAUAGAUUCAUCUGUAAUAAAGGAUGAGAAAGCAAGGUUCCAUCUGAACACAGCAGCAGAACUUCUAAUGUGUGAUAGCGAGAAACUAGAGAAAGCACUGAUAACACGUGUGAUAGUAACACCAGAAGAAGUUAUUACUAGAACGCUUGACCCUGCUUCUGCAAUUGUUAGCAGGGAUGGAUUAGCAAAAACAAUAUACUCCCGGUUGUUUGAUUGGCUGGUAGAUAAAAUUAAUGUGUCAAUUGGACAGGACCCAAACUCAAAACAACUUAUUGGAGUUCUUGAUAUCUAUGGCUUUGAAAGUUUCAAAAUUAACAGUUUUGAGCAGUUAUGUAUCAAUUAUACAAAUGAAAAGCUGCAACAGCAUUUUAACCAGCACGUCUUUAAAAUGGAGCAGGAGGAAUAUACUAGGGAGGAGAUUGAUUGGAGUUAUAUUGAGUUUGUUGAUAACCAAGAUGUGCUGGACCUGAUUGAGAAGAAACCAGGUGGAAUUAUUGCACUUCUUGAUGAAGCCUGUAUGUUCCCGAGAUCAACACACGAGACAUUUGCUCAGAAAUUGUACCAAACAUUUAAAAACAACAAACGAUUUAUCAAACCGAAGCUUUCUCGUACAGCCUUUACAAUCUCACACUAUGCAGGGGAAGUAACAUACCAGGCUGAUCAAUUUCUAGACAAGAACAAAGAUUAUGUAGUGGCGGAAUAUCAGGACUUACUUAACGCUGCUAAAUGCCCUUUUGUAGCAGGAUUAUUUCCACCGCUUCCUGAAGAAACAUCAAAGUCCUCAAAAUUUUCCUCAAUUGGUGCACGCUUUAAACUGCAACUUCAAGCCCUUAUGGAGACUUUGAGCUCUACUGAACCUCAUUACAUUAGAUGUGUGAAGCCUAACAACUUCCUCAAGCCAUCUAUAUUUGAGAACUUCAACAUUAUCCAACAAUUACGAUGUGGUGGUGUUCUUGAAGCAAUUAGAAUUAGCUGUGCUGGAUAUCCUACAAGAAGAACAUUUUAUGAGUUUCUUCACCGGUUUGGUGUUCUAGCCCCAGAAAUUGUAGAAGCAAACAAUGAUGACAAGAUAGCCUGCCAAAAGAUUUUGGAUAAAAUGGGACUAAAAGGUUACCAGAUUGGAAAAACCAAGGUGUUCCUGAGAGCUGGCCAGAUGGCUGAACUGGAUGCACGAAGAACAGAGGUGUUAGGACGGGCAGCCAGAGCUAUCCAGAGACGUAUUCGUACGUAUAUUGCCCGCAAGCAGUUCCUGACCCUAAGGAAAUCGGCUAUCUAUGUGCAAUCUUGUUGGAGAGGACGGUUGGCUUGUAAGUUGUAUGAGUGCAUGAGACGGGAAGCAGCAGCAGUGAAAAUUCAGAAAAGUUUGCGGAGCCAUUUUGCACGCAAAGCUUAUUCCGAACUCCAAUCAUCUGCUAUUGCAUUGCAGACUGGAAUGCGUGCUAUGUCUGCUCGCAAUGAAUUUAGGUUCAGAAAGCAAACUAAAGCAGCAAUUCAUAUCCAGGCUCAAUGGCGUUGUCACAGAGAAUAUACAUAUUAUGAGAAGCUGAAGAAAGCAACACUCACUUAUCAAUGUGCUUGGAGACAAAGGCUUGCAAGGAGAGAGCUUAGGAAGCUCAGAAUGGCUGCAAGAGAGACAGGAGCACUCAAAGAGGCGAAAGAUAAACUUGAAAAGCGUGUGGAAGAGCUAACAUGGCGUUUAGGAUUGGAGAAACGAAUGAGAACGGAUCUGGAAGAGGCAAAAGCGCAGGAAAUUGCUAAGCUACAGGAAAUGUUACAUGAGAUGCAACUACAAGUAGAAGAGGCAAAUGCUAUUGUUGUUAAGGAAAGAGAGGCAGCUAGAAAGGCUAUUGAAGAAGCACCUCCAGUGAUCAAAGAAACCCCUGUAUUAGUUGAAGACACAGAAAAGAUUAAUUCCUUAACGGCUGAAGUUGAACAGCUGAAGGCUUUGGUGCAAGCAGAAAGACAAGCAACCGAAGAAGCGAAGAAAGCGCACGCUGAAGCUCAAGCAAGGGGUGAAGAGUUGCUUAAGAAGUUUGAAGAAGCUUCCAAAAAAAAUGAUCUGCUCCAAGAUACUGUUCAAAGGCUUGAAGAGAAAAACACCAAUCUGGAGUCAGAAAAUCAAGUACUUCGUCAACAGGCCGUUGUGAUUUCACCAACCGCCAGGUCAUUAGCUGCGAAUCCCAAAACCAUUUUGCAGAGAACCCCAGAGAAUGGCAAUGUUGCAAACGGUGAGAUGAAACCAACACCGGAUACUACUACUGCUUUACCUCUAAAAGAACUCGAAGCCGAAGAAAAACCGCAGAAAUCACUUAAUGAGAAGCAGCAGGAAAACCAGGACAUGCUGAUAAAGUGCAUUUCUCAAGAUCUAGGGUUUUCUGGUUGUCGACCUAUUGCUGCUUGUCUCAUAUACAAAUGUCUUCUUCACUGGAGAUCAUUUGAAGUUGAAAGGACCAGUGUAUUUGAUCGCAUUAUUCAAACAAUUGGCUCAGCAAUAGAGACUCAGGAUAAUAGUGAUGUAUUAGCAUAUUGGUUAUCCAAUUCAUCCACGUUAUUGCUGCUCCUUCAACGGACGCUAAAAGCAAGCGGGGCAGCUAAUAUGAGUUCGCAGAGGCGGAGAUCAUCGGCUUCUUUGUUUGGCAGAAUGUCUUCGAUCCGAGCUUCUCCUCAAAGUGCUGGGCUUCCUUUUCUUGGUGGUCGCAUGAUUGGUGGACUAAAUGACUUGCGCCAAGUGGAAGCAAAGUAUCCAGCUCUGCUUUUCAAGCAGCAACUUACUGCUUUCCUGGAGAAGAUCUACGGGAUGAUAAGAGACAAUUUAAAGAAGGAGAUAUCACCACUCCUUGGUUUGUGUAUCCAGGCCCCAAGAACAUCUCGUGCAAGCCUGGUUAAAGGAUCACGCUCUCAUGCAAGUGCCUUGGGCCAACAAACUUUGAUUGCACACUGGCAGAGCAUCGUGAAAAGCUUAACAAAUUGUUUGAAAACCUUAAAAGCCAAUUAUGUCCCUCCAUUCUUGGUCCGCAAGGUUUUCACCCAAGUAUUUUCAUUUAUAAAUGUCCAGUUGUUCAACAGUCUCCUCCUCCGACGUGAAUGCUGUUCAUUUAGCAAUGGCGAAUAUGUCAAGGCAGGAUUGGCUGAGUUAGAACAUUGGUGCUAUGAUGCCACAGAAGAGUAUGCAGGUUCUGCCUGGGAAGAACUAAAACAUAUUAGGCAGGCUGUUGGAUUCCUGGUAAUUCAUCAAAAGCCUAAGAAGACAUUGAAGGAGAUAACUAAUGACCUAUGUCCGGUGCUUAGCAUACAACAGCUAUACAGAAUCAGCACCAUGUAUUGGGAUGACAAAUAUGGCACUCAUAGUGUUUCAUCAGAAGUUAUUUCAAGUAUGAGAGUUAUGAUGACCGAGGACUCGAAUAAUGCGGUCAGCAGUUCUUUCUUGCUGGAUGAUGAUUCAAGCAUACCAUUCUCAGUGGACGAUAUCUCCAAAUCAAUGACGGACAUCGAGAUAGCUGAUGUCGACCCCCCACCUUUACUGCGGGAGAAUUCAGGCUUUGCAUUUUUGCUGCAGAGAAAGGAAUAGUGAGUCCCAUUUUUUGCUACGAUUGUGCCACCAUUCGACUCUCCUGCAACCUGUGCAUAAAAAAAAAAAAAGAAAAACAGAAAAAAAAAAGGAAGAAAAAUCUAAAGCUCGUUCCUUCUCCAUCAUGUAUAUACUAUAUCAUUCCUUUUCUACCCGAAUCAGCUAGUCAGCCACCAGGGUAUUCGAUAGAUUUCAUUAUUUAUUUUUUCCCUCUAGUUUUUGGAUUUGAUUGAUUGAUUUUUUUGGCCCUUUUUUGGUCAUGUUUGUGUUAUAUUUAAGUUGAUAAGCCGUAGUCCGACCGUGAGCUGCUAUUGGGAAAAGCUCAGGGUCGUUUUAGCCACUUAAAAGGGUUUUUUACAGCUGCUUAGUCAAGCAUUGUCUAGUAUUUUGUCUAAGUAUGUAUUGUAAAUUAUUAAAGCACCAGUAGUAGGGCCGAUUGAGGCCAGGCUUUGCCUUAUAUCCCACUGUUUCAAUGUAAUACACCUACUCAUGUUUGGCUGUGUUCUAAUUGAGGUUGUGUUUUGUUUUUGUAAAAAGCUAAUUUUUCGGUU